AAAGGAGGGUUUCUCGUUUCUGCAAAAGCAAAAUAUAAAUUCAUUUAUUUAAUUUUAAUACUUAAAAAAAUUCUUUUGGGUGCUGUAUUCUUUGGCUAUACACUUAUACACUCUACACUGUGACAGAGAGUAAAAUUGAUAAAAAAAAAUGGAAGUUAAAGAGGCCAGCUGUAAAAUAGAAAUAGAAAAUAAUGAGAUAAGAGAUGUGUCUUUAGAUAUCUUUAAAACUGAGUUUGUGAAAGAACCCAAAGAAGAAAGUAACAAUGAUGCAUGUGAUUAUUUAGAAUCAACUGACAAUCCUGUAAAAACCCAAAUAAGACAAGAUGAAUAUACAGUUAUGUCCUUUGAAGCAGUACAACUAGAAGAUAAAAAAAGUUUUCUGCAGAGGGAGAUUAGAAUGGAAACUAUGAAGACAGCAUCUGAUUAUUCAUGCUAUGAGGAAUAUGUGAGUCGACAACCUGAAGAAACAACCUUAAACAAACCUCGGAUUGAACAAGGACCUUACAACUGUGAUGUUUGUUUUAUGCACUUUACUAAAGCGCGAUAUUUGCAAGUACAUUUGAAAACACACACUGAGAAAAAACCUCACGAGUGUGAAAUUUGUCUGAAGCAAUUUUCUCAGCAAAGCUAUUUGAAAAAGCAUUUGAAAAGGCAUUUGAUAAUGAACACUGGGAAAAAGCCUUACAAGUGUGAAAUUUGUUUAAAACAGUUUAGUGUAGCAGGUAAUUUGAAAAACCAUCUAAAAUUACAUACUGGGAGAAAAUCUUAUAAGUGCGAAAUUUGUCUUAAGCAGUAUUCUGAGCAAGGUAACUUGAACAGGCAUAUGAAAAUACACACAGGGGAAAAACUUCACGAGUGUGAAAUCUGUUUCAAGCAAUUUACUGUAGAAAAUCAUCUGAAAAUACAUUUAAGAACACACACUGGGGAAAAACCUUAUAAGUGUGAAAUUUGUCUUAAGCAGUUUAGUGUAGGAAAUAAUUUGAAACAGCAUUUGCGGAUACACUCUGGAGAAAAACCAUACAAGUGUGAAAUUUGUUUUAAGCAGUUUACUAUAAAAAGUACUUUGAAAAUGCAUUUGAGAAUGCAUACUGGAGAGAAACCUUAUAAGUGCGAAAUUUGUCUCUUGCAGUUUUCUCACCAAGGCCAUUUGAAGACCCACUUACAGAUACACACUGGGGAGAAACCUUAUGAAUGUGAAGUUUGUUUAAAGCGGUUUACUGUAGCAUAUUCUUUGAAAAUGCAUUGGAGAACUCAUACUGGGGAAAAACCUUACAAGUGUGAAAUUUGCCUCUUGCAGUUUGCUCAGCUAAGCCAUUUCAAAACGCAUGUAAAAAUACACACUGGAGACAAAUCUUAUAAGUGUGAAAUUGGUUUCGAGCAGAUUUAGUCCCAGUUAUAGUGAAGCGGUGAGCGCCGAGGAGAGCGUUAAGAGUCGCGUUGAUAGAGGUUGUAACGAAGCGGUAAGUAAUUUAUAGUGAAGCGUCGAGGAUCGCGGCGAGAAGAGCGCGAAACGUUUAAAAAUUAUGUUUCACUGAACAUAAUUUAAUGUUUAUACUGUAAAAUGAACAAUAAAGUUAAUAUCAAAAUUAAGAUUGUACUUAGAUAGGGGAGAUAUGCCUGAGACGGCAUAUUUUUUUUUAAAUGUUUUGUAAUCGAUAAUCGAUAGAGUUAGACAUGUAAUAAAAAUCAAAAUCAGUGCUAGGAACAUUUACAUAAAUAUAACAUUAUUUUUUAACAAGGUA